AUGUGGGGCAGUCUACUUCCCAAAGCUGUGGUCUUGUUGUUAAUUAUUGGAGCAGUUCGUGCCCAUAAUACGGUUGAGGACUUUUCUAAAUAUUGCAAAAUAAGGAACUGUCCGGCAAAUAAAACUCACAUUGCCUGCAAUACAACCAAUAGUUGGUCUCCAAAAUGUGGUAAAAAUGCAGAAAUUAUGUCCUUACCGGUAGAUGUACAAAGGAUCAUUCUAAAUUAUCACAAUAUCUAUCGCGACUCUGUAGCUAGUGGGUUGAUCUUGCGACUUCCUCCGGCCGGGAGAAUGCUAAAACUCAAAUGGAGUCCCAAACUGGCUGAGAUGGCCGAGCUCAUGAUUAAAAGAUGUGACCUCCAGGCUCCCAAGGAAUGCCAUUCCACGUACGAAUUUGAAAAUCCCAGCUAUCAUGCCAUUUACAACAAAUUUAAAAAGAAUCAGCAUAAAUUCCAAGUGUUGAAAUCUCAGCUAAAUACUUGGUAUAAUGAGUACAAAUACGUGAAUCUAGUGAGUCUAGUGGAUGGAUCGUCUGUAGAUAACAAGGAAAUUGGUCACUUUCUAAGGAUGAUGGUGGGUCCCAGCAACCGAGUGGGCUGUGCUAUGGCUCGGGAGCACCGGGAUGGCUGGACCUACCAAUGGCUGGCUUGCCUUUACAGUUGUCCUCCCCAGAAUCAAAUUUUACUUUACGAGCACGCCGCCCGCCCGGGGGAAUACUGUUUAACGGGAACGGAUAGUAAGUUCCGGAAUCUUUGCAAUGAUUCGGAACCAGAACACUAUUGCAAAUUAUAUCCAGAAAAGUUUACACACCUGGUUGACAACAGCACAGCGAUUUACUUAAAAAAAAUGCUUCACGGCAUCAAGCCAAGGUCUGGUGGUGGCGUAUGGUGUAGGUUUUGCGAAUUAUGUUGCGAAUGGAUCCAAUGGGGCAUGACUACUGGACCCCUUGUUGCUAAAACGGCAAGUUUAUUUACAGGGCCUGGUUUUUUAAUAAGCUCAAUAAUAAAAUUACCCUUCUUUGGGUAAUAAAAGGCUCAUUUUGUUGAGCCAUGUUAUUUUAGACAACUCCUAUGAUUUCAUUGGCAAUAUUUUUGCUUUUAACUUUAAAGUUUUUUAACAAAGCUUAAACUUUUCUACACAGUA